AUGCUAGGUAAAGGACUGUUCCCUGGUGUGGCAGUGGUUACUGGUGCUGGUGGCACGGGCAUUGGCGCUGCCGUGGCGCGUGCGUUCGCGGUAUUUGGAUGCGAAAGAAUUGCCAUCACGGACUUGAAUGAGGAGACUCUUGACCAUACCAGAAAGUCCAUCUCAAAAUCACAUCCCCAAGCCGAGGUUCUCGUUUAUCCAGGCAAUGUGGCGGACGAUCAAUUUGCAGAAUCAUUCAUCUCCAAGGUAGCAAAAACCUUUAGCCGUGUUGACUAUGCUGUGAACUGUGCCGGCGUGCUGGGCAAACCAAUGCGGUCUGGGGAGACCAGCAUCGCUGAAUUUGACCGCGUGAACAAUAUCAACUAUCGUGGGUGUUGGUUGUCAUCCAGAGCCCAGCUGAAGCAGAUGACUCAACAAAGCCCAUUGCCUAGCCACGACCCUAGCCGCCCUGCACAACGGGGAGCAAUCGUGAAUAUUGCAAGCCAGCUUGGUAUUGUUAGUCGCCCAAAUGCUCCGGGAUAUUGUGCCUCAAAAUCGGCUAUUAUCGGUCUAACUCGAGCGGACGCAAUUGAUUACUCCCAAGAUCUGAUCCGAGUCAACUGUGUCUGCCCGGGUGUCAUUGAGACACCACUGAUCAUGGAAAAGCCAGAGAUUCGAGAAGCUAUCACUCCUGCAGCCCAGAUCGCUCCGAUGAAGCGAAUGGGCAAGCCGUUGGAGGUGGCAGAUGCAGCUUUGUUCCUCUGCUCGACGCAAGCAUCAUUUAUCCAAGGACAUGCUCUGGUGGUAGAUGGAGGAUACGUUACGUUAUAG